UAAAUAUCUUUACUGUCAUGCCUACAAUGUCAAUUGCGCACGCGCAUGCGUAGGUACAUUACUAUCAUCCAGCGAACAUGUUGUUGAUAACUGUUAUCGUAAGAUAGCCAAUUUUUUUAAACCACAUUAGAUUCGUAGAGACAUUCGUGGAGGGCAGCCAUAAUGCAGAAAAUCUGUGUAUUAACCGACGCGGACAAAGGAGUCGGGCUGAACAUUUGUAGACUUCUGUGCAGGAGAUGUCCCGAUAUUUUCUACGUGACGACGCGGGACAUCGAAGUGGGACAGCAGCUCAUGGACAAACUGAAGGAGAUGGGUUCAUAUCCAGAGUACCACCAGCUCGACGUGUCCGACAGGGAAAGUGUGACCAGAUUCAGGGAUCACAUCCAAUCGAAGAACGGAUGUAUAGUGACAUUAAUCAACAACGUUGCCAUUGGCGCUAGACUAAACAACACAACGUAUGACGACGCGAAAUUUAUCAUCGACAAUUAUUAUUACGGAUAUGUGAACGUUCAAGAAGUUUUGUUCCCGUUACUGGCGAGUAGUGGCAGAGUGUUGUACUUAUCAUUGGCAAGUUCCACUUCGAGGAUAAUGAACGACUACUGGCGGGAGAGGCUUUCGAUGAAGCAUCUUAGACAGAACGAUAUAAAUGACUUCCUACAAUGGUUCCUGGAGACGAUGAAAACUGGCGACUUCACGGAUAAUUAUAUUGCAGAUGACAAGGUGAGAGCUAUAUAUUCAAUAUCCACCGUGUCCCUAACGUUACUAGUGAAGUUACAACAAAAGCAGCUCGCCCCAAGAAGUAUUUCCGUAAAUUUCCUCCACCCCCGAUGGGCACAAAUAUAUUAACUGUAGCAAUGAUAUCUAAUAAUAUAAAUUUGUAUCAUUUUUGUAUCGAAUUAGCAUAAAAAUGCUGAAUUCGAUUUUUCUGAUGUAAUGAAUACCCAAAUAUUAAUCGGGCAUCGAGUAUUUUUUUGUAGCAAUAAUGUAGUCAAUUUUAUGUAUCAUAUAGACUAGUAUCUAUUUAUAUGUAAAUCUUUCCAUUUAUUGAUAAUUUUGUUGUGUUGAUAAUAAGAUAUUUUUUAUACCGUGUGAUGGCAUAAAUAUUUGUAUUUUAAUUUUACUUUUUGUACGUUUAUUGUAAUUAUGUUUGAUUAAGUGUAUUUUUUAUUGUUACAAUGUAUGAAUAAGUUAUUAAUUUGUAAAUAAAUGAUCUCUUAGAUUAACAAUCAAAAUUAUCUAAAGUUUUUGGGCAAGUUUAUACAAAUAUUAUAAAGGGGUCAAAAUGUAUUGUAGCAAUAAUGUGUGGAACUAGUUGCUGAGCAGAUUGUAGAAGUCCUUUCAUUAGUAGAAUCCUACUUGUGAGUAAUUACCUCACACUGGGAAUUAUCUCGAGAACUGUAGAUUCAAUGUGUUCAAUGACUUUCUUUCUGGUUAUAAAUAUUUGUAAACUGAAUUAUUUUAUUAUACACUUUGUUAUAAUCUAGCAAAGUAGGCCGUUUAUGAUGUCCUUCCUAAUUGACGACUUCGGUGGUCUAGCGGUCUACCGAUGGUAGCGGGUUCGAUUCCUCGCACAGCACAAACACAUUCAUGAGAAUGAUUGUUUGUAUCGGUCUGGGUGUUUUCUAUGUAUAAUAUGUUUGUAUUUACGAAAAAAAAAAAUGUAUUUGUAACAGUU